UUGUUUCAUUCUAAUGAUAAUAUUUUCAUUAAAAUGGUAAAUGAAAGAAAUAAUGGCAACCUAAUGAUGCAGAGGGAAGAAAUAGACACCUUGCAAGCAAUUUACUCCAGAGAUGGGGAGUUUAAGAUCUUAUUCCAAGGUGAGAAGACUUCUGUGGUAUCUUUGAAAAUCAACUUGAACUCGGACAAUGUCCAGAAACACUCCGGUAACAAAUGUGAAAAAAGCUUCACUAUUACAUUAGAACUUUCAGAAGGAUAUCCAGAUGUUGUUCCUGAUAUAUCUGUGGAUUGUGACCUCUUCAUAACAAGACAUGCACAGACAAGAUUAUUGACUGACAUUAAAAGCUAUGCUCUAACCCUUCUUGGUUCACCUAUGGUAAUGGAUCUUGUUCUGUGGCUCCAAGAGAAUGGACUUCAUUAUGUUUUAGAAAAACAGGGUGCUGUUGUAACUUCAUCCCAAGAAUCUAAAGAUGAAUACCAGUAUCAUACAAUUUCAGAAUGGACGUCUUUGCUUCUUCUGGAUCACAUGAGAUCUAAAACCAAGUAUGUGAAGAAACUAAAGUCUUGGGCUGGUGAACUCGGUUUGUUAAGUACAAUUAUCUUCUUCAGAAGGUGGAUUUUUUUACUACUACAAGGGAAACAGAAACUUGUUAAGGAGUUCGUGACACGUCAGAGAACAGUGUGUGUUGACGUUGAUUCAGCUGGACGGACUUGUAAGGAACGAAUGUUGACUGUACUGUAUGAAGGAGAAAUUGAGCACUUAACAAGUGUAAAAGAGUUUGUAGUGCAUGAAAGUGAUGAAGAAAAUGACUUGAAGAAACUAUUUGAGGAACUUAAUGUCAUCUCACUGUUUAACAGUAUAAUAAAACCUAUUAUUAAUAAGUAGAGUUUGUUUCACCGAGAAAUUUCCUUAUGUACAUGUAAUUAGAAAUUAAAAACUGGGACUGUUUUAAACAGUUCUGUUUGAACUUAUUUAUUAGAAUGCAAACAUUCUACAAUACAAAAAAGUAUAUGUAAUCCAUGGUUUUAUAAAUUUCUCUUACAUUUAACUGUGAAGUAUCAUAACUAUCAAAUGUAUUUUGCUUCUAAAAAAAACAUAAUUACAUAACCAAUAGAGAUUUUGUUUCAAUCAAACAGAAAGGUCUUAUGUUUUAUUAAUGAAUGUGAUACAUAGAACUAUAAUAAAAGCAUACAGGUCACAUGACCCACUAAAAAGUUAUAAAUAUUUUAGCAUUGUCUUGUAAUUCACUCCUGAGGAUGACAUUGCAACUUCGAAACAUGUAGUGUCGUCAACUUUUUUUGAAGGCCAUAGAUAGGCCUAAAUAAAAUGUUUUUAAUUGUGUA